GGCGGGGCGGGCCGGGCCGGGGCGGAGCGCCGGGCGGAGGAGGCUCUGGCGCCAGCGGCGUCCCAGGCUGGGUCGGGACCGCGCUCGCCAGCCUCGCCGCGCGCCUCGGCCCCAUGGACGCCCUGUGCGGCUCCGGGGAGUUCGGCUCCAAGUUCUGGGACGCCAACCUGUCCUUGCACACAGACAACCCGGACCUCACUCCCUGCUUCCAGAACUCCCUGCUGGCCUGGGUCCCCUGCAUCUACCUGUGGGCCGCCCUGCCCUGCUACCUGUUCUACCUGCGGUACCACCACCAAGGCUACAUCGUCCUGUCCCUCCUCUCCAGGCUCAAGACGGUCUUGGGUGUCCUGCUGUGGUGCGUCUCCUGGGCUGACCUCUUCUACUCCUUCCAUGGCCUGGUCCACGGCUGGGCCCCCGCCCCCAUCUUCUUUGUUACCCCCUUGGUGGUGGGGGUCACCAUGCUGCUGGCCACCCUGCUGAUCCAGUACGAGCGGCUGCAGGGGGUGCAGUCCUCGGGGGUCCUCAUCAUCUUCUGGUUCCUGUGUGUGGUCUGCGCUAUCAUCCCCUUCCGCUCCAAGAUCCUUUCAGCCAUGGAAGAGGGCAAGAUCUUGGACCCCUUCCGCUUCACUACCUUCUACAUCUACUUCGUCCUGGUGUUCUCUGCCCUCAUCCUGUCCUGCUUCAGGGAGAAGCCACCGUUUUUCUCCCCCAAGAACGUCGACCCCAACCCCUGCCCGGAGACGGACGCCGGCUUCCUCUCCCGCCUGUCUUUCUGGUGGUUCACAAAGCUGGCCAUCCUUGGCUACCGGCGCCCCCUGGAAGAUCAGGACCUCUGGUCCCUGAACAAGGAGCAUCGCUCCGAGGCGGUGGUGCAGAGGCUGCUGGAGGCCUGGAAGAAGCAGCAAAAGCAGGCAGCACAAUACAAGGCCGCAGCGGCAUCUGGGAAGACAGUGUCCAGUGAGGAUGAGGAGCUGCUGGCGGGCCGGCCCAGGCCCCGGGAGCCCUCCUUCCUGCGGGCCCUGCUGGUCACCUUUGGCCCCGGCUUCAUCACCAGCACAUGCUUCCUGCUGAUCCAGGACCUCCUUUCCUUCGUCAACCCACAGCUGCUCAGCAUCCUGAUCAGAUUUAUUUCAAACCCCAUGGCCCCCACCUGGUGGGGCUUCUUGGUGGCCGGGCUGAUGUUCGUGUGCUCCGUGAUGCAGACUCUGAUCUUGCACCAGUAUUACCACUGCAUCUUUGUGAUGGGGUUGAGGCUUCGUACGGGGAUCGUAGGUGUCAUCUACAGGAAGGCUCUGGUCAUCACCAAUUCAGUCAAACGUGAGUCCACGGUGGGAGAAUUGGUCAACCUCAUGUCAGUGGAUGCCCAGCGCAUCAUGGACGUUGCCCCCUUCCUCAACAUGCUGUGGUCGGGACCUCUGCAGAUCAUCCUGGCCAUCUACUUCCUCUGGCAGAAACUGGGUCCCUCCAUUCUGGCCGGAGUCGCCUUCAUGGUCUUGCUGAUCCCAAUCAAUGGAGUUGUGGCCAUGAAGAUGCGUAGUUUACAGGUAGAACAAAUGAAGUUCAAGGACUCGCGCAUCAGGCUGAUGAGCGAGAUCCUGGGUGGCAUCAAGGUGCUGAAGCUGUACGCCUGGGAGCCCAGCUUCUUGCAGCAGGUGGAGGGCAUCCGACAGAGGGAGCUCCGGCUGCUGCGCCAGGCUGCCUACCUCCACGCCAUCUCCAUCUUCACCUGGAUCUGCACCCCCUUCCUGGUGACCCUCAUCACCCUCGGGGUGUACGUGUCUGUGGGCCCAAACAACGUGCUGGACGCUGAGAAGGCCUUUGUGUCGGUGUCCCUGUUCAAUAUCUUAAAGAACCCCCUCAGCAUGCUGCCCCAGAUCAUCAGCGGCCUGACCCAGACCAGCGUGUCUCUGAAACGGAUCCAGCAUUUCCUGAGCCAAGAUGAACUUGACCCCCAGUGUGUGGAAAGAAAUACCAUCGCCCCAGGCUAUGCAGUCACCAUAGACAAUGGCACCUUCACCUGGGCCCAGGACCUGCCCCCAACCCUGCACAGCUUAGACAUCCAGGUGCCAAAAGGGGCCCUGGUGGCCGUGGUGGGGCCCGUGGGCUGUGGAAAGUCUUCCCUGGUGUCUGCCCUUCUGGGAGAGAUGGAGAAGCUGGAAGGCAAGGUGUAUGUGAAGGGCUCCGUGGCCUACGUGCCCCAGCAGGCCUGGAUCCAGAACUGCACUCUUCAGGAAAACGUCCUCUUUGGCCGAGCCCUAGACCCCAAGCGCUACCAACGGACCCUGGAGGCCUGUGCCCUGCUAGCCGACCUGGAGGUGCUGCCUGGCGGGGACAAGACAGAGAUUGGAGAGAAGGGCAUCAACUUGUCUGGGGGCCAGCGGCAGCGGGUCAGCCUGGCCCGAGCUGUUUACAGUGAUGCCGACAUUUAUUUGCUGGAUGACCCACUGUCAGCCGUGGACUCCCACGUGGCCAAACACAUCUUUGACCAAGUCAUCGGGCCGGAAGGUGUGCUGGCAAGCAAGACCCGGGUGCUGGUGACCCACGGCAUCAGCUUCCUGCCCCAGACAGACUUCGUCAUCGUGCUGGCUGACGGACAGGUGUCUGAGGUGGGCACUUACCCAGCCCUCCUGCAGCGCAACGGCUCCUUUGCCAACUUCCUCCACAACUACGCACCGGAUGAGGGCGAGGAACACCUGGAGGAGAGCAGCAGGACCGCAGCAGCCUUGGAGGAGGCAGACGACGAGGAGAUGCUGCUGAUUGAAGACACGCUCAGCAGCCACCCAGACCUGAUGGAUAAUGAACCGGUCCUGUACGAGGUCCAGAAGCAGUUUAUGAGACAGCUGAGUACCAUGUCCUCGGAGGGGGAGGGCCAAGGUCGGCCUGCGCCCCGGCGGCGCCUGGGUCCAGCAGAAAAGCUAGCGCAGGCAGCAGAGGCGAAGGCAAAUGGGACGCUGAUUGAAGAGGAGAAGGUGGAGACGGGCAAGGUGAAGCUGAACGUGUUCUGGGAUUAUGCCAGGGCUGUGGGGCUCGGUACCACACUGGUCAUCUGUCUGCUGUACGCGGGGCAAAGUGCAGCUGCCAUUGGCGCCAACAUGUGGCUCGGUGCCUGGACCAACGAGGCCACAGUGGGUGGCCGACAGAACAGCACCACCCAGAGGCUGGGUGUGUAUGCCACCUUGGGAAUUCUGCAAGGGUUCCUGGUGGUGCUGUCGUCCGUCAUGAUGGUCGUGGGCUGUGUCCGGGCUGCGCGCUUGCUGCACCAGGCGCUGCUGCACAACAAGAUGCGCUCGCCACAGGCCUUCUUCGACACCACGCCCUCGGGCCGCGUCCUCAACCGCUUCUCCAAGGACAUCUGCGUCAUCGACGAGGCCCUGGCCCCCACCAUCCUCAUGCUGCUGAGCUCCUUCUACACCUCCAUCUCCACCAUCGUGGUCAUCGUGGCCAGCACGCCGCUCUUCGCCGUGGUCAUCCUGCCUCUGGCUGUCUUCUACAUCUUGGUGCAGCGUUUCUAUGUGGCCACAUCGCGGCAGCUGAAGCGGCUGGAGUCCGUCAGCCGCUCGCCCAUUUACUCGCACUUUUCGGAGACGGUGACUGGCUCCAGCGUCAUCCGGGCCUAUGGCCGCAGCCAGGCCUUUGAGGCCAUCAGUGAUGCUAAGGUGGACAUCAACCAGAGGAGCUGCUACCCCAGCAUCUCCUCCAACAGGUGGCUGGGGGUCCGAGUGGAGUUCCUGGGGAACUGUGUUGUGUUCUUUGCUGCACUCUUCGCUGUCAUUGGGAGAAGCAGCCUGAGUCCAGGGAUGGUGGGCCUGUCUGUGUCCUAUGCCCUACAGGUGACAUUUUCUCUGAACUGGAUGAUACGGAUGUUAUCCGACUUGGAGUCUAAUAUUGUAGCUGUGGAGAGAGUCAAGGAGUACUCCAAGACAGAGACCGAGGCCCCCUGGGUGGUGGAGGGCAGCCGCCCUCCUGCAGGCUGGCCCACGCGGGGCGAGGUGGAGUUCCGGAAUUACUCCGUGCGCUACCGGCCAGGCCUGGAUCUGGUGCUGAAGGACCUGAGUCUCCGCGUGCGCGGCGGCGAGAAGGUGGGCAUCGUGGGCCGCACGGGGGCUGGCAAAUCAUCCAUGACCCUCAGCCUGUUCCGCCUCCUGGAGGCCGCAGGGGGUGAAAUCCGCAUCGACGGCGUCAACGUAGCGGACAUCGGGCUCCAUGACCUGCGCUCUCAGCUGACCAUCAUCCCCCAGGACCCCAUCCUGUUCUCGGGGACCCUGCGUAUGAACCUAGACCCCUUCGGCAAUUCCUCGGAGGAAGACAUAUGGCGGGCCUUGGAGCUGUCCCACCUGAACACAUUCGUGAGCUCCCAGCCCGCAGGCCUGGACUUCCAGUGCUCCGAGGGAGGCGAGAAUCUCAGUGUGGGUCAGCGGCAGCUUGUGUGCCUGGCCCGAGCCCUUCUUCGCAAGAGCCGAAUCCUGGUUUUAGACGAGGCCACGGCCGCCAUCGAUCUGGAGACCGACGACCUCAUCCAGGCCACCAUCCGCACCCAGUUCGAGAGCUGCACGGUGCUGACCAUCGCGCACCGGCUCAACACCAUCAUGGACUACACCAGGGUCCUGGUGCUGGACAAAGGGACAGUCGCUGAAUUUGAUUCUCCAACCAACCUCAUUGCAGCCAGAGGCAUCUUCUAUGGGAUGGCCAGAGAUGCUGGUCUCGCCUAACAGAGAUUCCUGGGAUUUCCUCCUGGCUGACCUGGUUUUCUUCAGAAAGGAAAAGGACACCACCUAUGUCUGCAGAAUAAACCUGGUAGCUGGGAGCAUUUGUUGGACUUUUGCUCCUGUGAAGCGCUCUGGGGGAUAACCGGGCGAAAUGCGAGGCUCCGGGGGUGCCUGACGCGCCCAAGGUCACAGAUGGUUUGAGGCAGAGCCCAGACCAGUCCCUGGAUCUCCUGAUUCCGUCUCCUGUUCUGUCCCCACGACACUGCUUGCAAUCACUUCAUGGAGCAACCUCCCUACCCCUAGAUGACUUUUCAUAGUUUCUAUUCUGAAGUCUUUUUGUAAAAAAAUAAAGCUUUUUCCUCCUGCAACAGAAGCUUGCCAGGUCAGGCCGUCCCUGUACUCUGGAGUGCUGGCCUGAAUCCAUUAAAAAUGGAGCAGUGGUGAGAUGGAGCUGCCUGGUCACUAACACGCACCUCAGGGCAGGCUGUCUCCGCCUGGCCACAGGGGUGCGGGUUCGGGCCUCGGAAGGAGGCGGGGAGGAAGGGGGAGAGGCGGAGGUGGACUUCAGUAUACAUCUACAUGGCUGGAAUGAUCUGAAGACUUCAGACCCAAGAGCUUUGGGCUGGAAAUAUUGUCUUCACAGCCAAAAUUCACUGGGAAAUUGCCAGAAGUUCCCGCUCUGCUGUGCAGAUACUAUAAAAAGGUGAGAAAUGAAGUCCCUGAAAUCUGACCUGAGGCCUCUUGGGACAGCUGCUGGGAACACCUCCGCGUUUGUCAUCCCUCAGACCUGUAAGCCUGCUUCUCUAGGGGCCGCAAAGUGCCUGGCACUUCAUUUCCUCGCUCCUUUAGAAGUCUGUUCCAAACAGGUCUCCAUAGCCAGUGCAGCUCGGAACCAUCCGUCUUCCUCAGUCGGGCUGAAGCUGAAUGCGGGAGGAGCGCAGGCAGCGCUGACGAUCCCUGGCUGGUAAAUGAGAUGAGGGGUGGGUUUUGCUUUCUGGAGCAAACCAUGCGUUUCUUUUCUGUGGGUCAGUUUACCUGCACAAGACCUUCUAUUUGGAAUGGAUCUCUUCUCUCUGUUACUUAGUUUCCUGGUCUCCUCUUUCAUUCCCGCAGUCUUCGUCCUUGGUAAGAGGUGACUGGUUGUGGGUGACGGUUUGUCUUCUUCCCCCACCCUAAAUGGUUUGCAGGAGGUGGGGAGAGGCCUCCUUUGAUCUGGUUUUGCUCUGUGCCUUGGGGCAGCCUGUGCUACAGGCCCAUUUGUUAAAGGUUAACCACAAUUUUUUUUUGGCAGGCUCUUUUGGCUCAGGAUGUUUAUGAGUGUAUGGAAGAAGACUUCCAUCCUUGUGAUGAAGCAAGUAUGAAAGCACAAAUGCCCAUAUUAUUCUUCCUCUGCUUGGUGCUAAGAAAAGGUCUCUGCUAUGCGCCCUGAUUUAUUAGAUCAAUUUGGCCUGACGUCUGCUUUGUGAGGCUCUAGCUGCCCUAAACCUACAGAAAUGCAGGUUCCUUCAGCACCGUUCUCAGCUGAAGAUAGGAAGUGUAAAGCUGUAUUUUCCUCUCCUGUCUAGGGAGUUUGCUUCUGAGCUCAUUGAGGCCAAGACAGGUGCUGACAGCCCGAAGGAGAGGCUCAGUUGUGCGAAGUAAAUAGAAUAAUCAAAAAAUGUAGUUAAUAGGAUGACCUCCAUCUAGCUGGCUCAGCUACUCCGGGGAAAUGAAGCUGACUGCUGAGAACUGGGAGGGAAGACUCCGCACAAGAUAUCUGUCUCCGGGCGCCACUGACAGGGCGUGAGCACCACAGCAGCAGGAUGCGGGAGGCUCUCAGGUAGGGAGCGGUCCCUCCCAUGCUUCCUCCACCGCGUCUUGUCCCUGGGACUGUCCAACCAUUUAAACCCCCUAUGGGUAGAAGUAAAGUGCUGUUUAGGAAGCCAAAAUGAAAGAAUAUGGGCUUGGUCAGUUAAUAUUUAAUUUUAAUAAUACUUGUUAUAUUUGAACAGUCAGCAAUGCACAAAGAAAAUUAUCUUCAGUGAAUGUUUGCCCACAGUAUGAACACAUGCUUUAGAUAUGCAGUGGAGGAGGGGGGAAUUCACAGUAACAGAGCUAAAAAGAAAAACCCUGUUAUAAAUUACACAAAGCAUAUAAAAAUAUUUCUCUGAAUGCAUAGAUUGACUUUAGACUCACCUACCAGCAACUGUGCAGUCUUAUUCCACGGCCAUACAUAGAGGGCACUGGACCACAGAGGGCUUUAUAGAGGAGACCCGUGUAGGGCCCAUCUCUCACCUGAGACGCCAGCCCCUGGCUCCCUCCGUUCCUAAGCCCUGGAAAUGCCCGGAGCUGCUCCUCUGUAGGUCACCCCCAAGCGAGGCCUCCACUGCUUCUGACUCGCUAACUGAUCUGGACGCCUGGGAGCUUUAACCCCAGUGACUUAGACAUGAGUUAAUACUGAAUUUAUUUCUUUCAGGACAGAACUAAUCUUACCAUUAAACUUUUUUUUUAAAGGAAAGGGGGAGAGAGGUUAGUAUGUCUAGAUAAACUAGCUUCUGAUUGGUUUGCAACACAAGGGAGGUUUCUUCUUUAAAGUACCUCAGAGAGAGGGAGUAAUAAGUAACCUUUACUCUGCCAUGCAAACACUGUACAAGGGUAAGUCACCAUCAGCAAGUGCUGAAACACAUUCGGUCCCUGAACGGUGACUCCGUGAAGCUGGCCUUGCGAACACCUCCACCUCAGCUCAGCAUUGGGGCAGCAGUAGGCCAUCAUCUUAGCACCGCAUUCUCUUCCCCUGACAUCUUCUGCACAUUCUCUCUCCACCCAAUGAAGUUAACAGAGUUAGGAAGUGAAGUUUCUUUGGAAACUAUAGGCACUAUGGGGAAAAGCUUCUGAGGACAGCAGGGUGCCCUUCAACAGCUGGCUUCAAACCCCUGCUCUCCCGUCUAUGUGCUCGUUCUCACAUCUGAAACUAAGCUGUUUGUUCAACAAGACAGUGGCUUUCUGUUCACAUUAAUGACACUGAAGGAAAAGAAUCCUUGAAUGCAUUCUUCUAAAAAUUAUUAUGCCAUGUUCAAGAGUUUAAUCAGGUGUGUACUAUUUGUUUUUCAUUUUUCAGAACAAAGCCUGGUAGACUUGCAAUUGCCUUUGUGGGGGGUAUUAGAUUGGUGGGGGUUAUGGGAGAUCCCUAAGAUAAAACAAUUUGUUUACAAAAGCAACAGAUUUCAGAGUUGUGUAAAAAUCCUAAUAAUUUCAAAAUAAUCUUUAUCUUUUAUACAAAAAUAAAUAUCCUAACUCCUUUAGCUCAGUUUCCUACAAUAACCUUUAAAACAGCAACAGAUUCAGUCUCAAAAAUUGCUUUUCAUUUCUAGUGGAAAAUGAAAGUAGAGAACAUGGACAGGCAAUGUUUGUGCUCUUCUCAUAUGGUGCAAUUAAACACGAAGAUGGCAGGAAUCACUUCAGUUAAAAAAAAACAAAACAAAACAAAAACCGCGGUUGCUCUUUUGGAAGGCAUCGGAGAGCCCUCUAGUGACCACAAAGGGAAGUGAAUGCAGAGGUGCUUGUCUAGGGCUUGGCAAUGGCCGACUGGAGACAGAGGAGUCAUGAGUGUUUACAAAGGAAAAAGUGGGGGAGGGGAAGCUCUUUUGGUUAACAGCAUAUUUACAAUUAGGUAACUGUAUCCUUAAAUACUUUUCACCUGAGUAACAUUUAUAAAUAUGUUAUAUGGAACCUCACAGCCACAAGCCACACUAAAACCCAUCUGUCCAGCACCUGUGCUUUCCCGUUUUCCUCAAGUCGGUUCACAUUUCAGGACGGUUGUGAGCGUGCAUCACCGAGCCGAGUGCAUCCUGGCCCUUCAGGUGCACUGUCAACAGGAGUGGCUAGAAAUAGGCUCCACUCUCAGCACUGCGGACCGCUCCCUUACAUGCUGCACGUAAAACACACUGGAUAUGGAACCGCCGGCUCCUGCCUCUCCAGACCACUUCUCCACUGUUCACAGCGUUGAGCAAUCGGUUUAUUGUGCACCAAGAGGCUUGGAAGAGUGGCACCACUGCUUGAGGGUCAGGGGCUUCCCACCUUGGCAGGACAAUGUUAGUGUACACUACUCAGUGGCACCGGCGGCCCUCCGGCAUCCAAGGCAUUGAGAUCAAUGGCUUGUCCUUGGCCCAGAGGUGACGCGCUGUCACAAUACUCAGUGAUAAAAGUCCCUGCGGCAUUAGUAAGUCAGUUUUGAAGCUCUCCUGUUGUAGCAAGGCCUUUCUGUCAGUGUGGAUGCAGCAUUUCUGAACAGAAAAUUAUUUUCACUUAUUGUUAGAACCAGUUCCAGCUCUUGGAAAUCUUGGAGUCGAGCAACAUCUUUGUCCUAAAACAAAAAUAGGUUAAUCAGAUUAAGAGGAGCCAUUGUCUCUUUCUAUUUGGUAUGCUGUGUUGAACUGAUAUCAGUUUCUUGGCUCAUUUUAAAGCCUAAAAACAACAACAGAAACAAAAACAAAAAUCCCUGCGGCAGGCUGUCAGUGACAGUGCAGGAGAGGCCCAGCGGCGGAAGCCCUUAGCCGCAGCUGCUAUCGGAUGAGCACACCUUGAAGGGAGAGGCAAUGCAGGAAUCAGUUUUACUCACGUGCUCUGAGAAGCAGAGCCCGAUGCUCAAAAAACCCAGAGAUGUUGGGAGGACCACACAUGCAUCCAUGUGGAUUUGCCCUGUAAUUUAACCUCAUUCUGAUGGUGCACUAAGAUAAUCCGUAUAGAGCCACACAGAAACAACUGAAUGGAAACGUGAAUGGUAUGUCAGAAUAUUCUCUCUGGGAUCCUACAACUUUCAAAAAGGCCACAAAACAAAGAAACAAACAAAAACCAAAAAGGCCAAUGUCCCUAUAGACCCAGUAGAGAGAAAGAAAGCUCAAUGAUUAUAUUUGGAAAACAACCCUUCUCUCCUUUUCUAUUAUCUUCAUUUCUUCAACUAUGACUCAUAACCAAGGAGGAAACUGGGUAUUUUCCAAAUGCAGAAAGCAACUAACCACUCAGGCUUAGCAGGCCUUGCCUUACCUUUCUGACCAGAGUAUUGGGUAACUUUCUGAUCUUCUCCACUUGAUCUGGAUUAACACCCAGCUCACAGCAACUCACUCUGAGCAAUUCUUGGUAGGUGAGCUCCUGUCGGUCUAGUUCAAUUUCAAUGAAAUCAUUUUCUCGAAGAGAUGGGUUUUGAAUCCUCACCUUGAGCACCAGCUCUAGAAAAAAAAGAGGGAGAAAUACUAAUGGAUGGUUCUGGCAUAAUCAGCCUAAGUAAUUUAAGAUCUUUUCCAGAAGAUGCUUGUGCCACCCAAUGAGGAAAAGCUAGGCACCAGCAAGAUUUGCUCAAGCCCAGUUCUGGCUCUGCUGGCAGUUUCCUGCACCUAAGCCUGUGUGUGCUUCUAAAGUAAAAGGGGGCGUGGAGGUGGGCUGGGGAGGGGACAACCAUCACAACUGUACAGAGGAUCAUUUAUUUCUGCUGCUGGAACUAAGAAGGUAAAGGCUUAAGAAUGGGUUUGGGAGUUAAACUACAUAUAAGCAGGGAAGGAGAGAGAGGGGAAAAGAAGGCACAGGCAAGAUAUGGUACAUGAAUUACUCUAAAAAGAUUUAACAAUUGUGGAUCUAAAGGUAUUUAUGAAAUAUGAAAUUCCUUGUAUUAAGUGCAGUAAAAGGGCAAAAAGCUACUAAUAAAAAUUAAAGUAGAAUUAUGAUUUGAGUACAGUGCACCUUACCAAGGGAGGAGCCUGGGCUUUGGGAGUAAACAUCUUGCUGUACAAGAGAGUAAGGUAGUGGUCCCAGAAGGAUGUGACAUGUCCGAGGGACACAAGAACUGGCUUAAAGAAGCGCCCUCUGGGCAAAUGUGACAUAAUUUGAACAUCAAAGUAAUAGCAAUGGAUUAUAACCCAAUGACUAGAAUAAGAAUCUGCGUUCAUGCUGAUAUAAAUGGAGGAGAAAAGAAAGCCCUUCUUUACAGUAGAAUACCAACUAGUAAAUAGAGAAUGACAGGAAAUCAUAUUCUUCAAAAUAAUUGGCCUGAACUCUUUAAAAAUAUUGAGGUCCACAAUGACAGAGAAAGGCUGGAAGUGUUCCAGAUUAAAGGAGACUAAACCAACACGAUAACUAAAUGUUAUGGGUGGGCAGGGGCAGAGGUGAGGGAGUGAGGAUGGCUAUGAAGGGCAUUGUUGAGAUAACUGACAAAAUUUAAGUACGGACUAUGGAUUAGAAAACAGUAUUCUAUAUCAAGGUUACAUUUCCUAAAUUUGAUCAUUGUGUUGUGUAUAAUUAUGUAACGGACUAUCCUUAUUCUUAGGAAAAACAGUUCGAGGUAAAGGGGCAAAAGGCUAACAAUUUGAGGAAAGGGAGUUCCUUACUAGUAUACUAGUGUUGCAGCUUUUCUGUAAAUCUAUAAUUAUACUUAACAUAAAUACAUUCCACCCCCAAAAACCCAGGAAGGAAAGCUCUGGAGCUCUGGAUACUGUCUGCCCAUUUGCAGAGGCGGUUGCUGACGAGGAGUUACCUUGCAUAUUAAAAGGAAACGCUCCAGUGAAGAAAAAUGGCUGGAAUGCUGGCGCUGGUCCUGCGUAUGUCCCAUUUUGAGGCUCCAGAGACACUGGGGGCUUGGACGGGACGGGAGAGAACAGUGAUCGACUCUGAGUCACGGGUGGCUGACAAACAGGUUUUGUGCUUUCUGGUGUUCUGAGGAUAGCAGAGGGGGCAGACACAUCCCCAUUCUGCACCAGCGCCAAAGAGGUGUGGUCCCUCGGAAAGGCCCCCAGUGGGGGAGGGUCCCCAGGGGGUAGCAAUGCAGGGGAGCCGUCUCCAGGGGGUGAGGCAGGGGGUGUGGCAGGGGGUGUGGAGGGGUCCCCAUUCUGCAGCGGGGCCGAAUCCUCUGCCACGGGGGUGUAGAGAAAAGGGAAAGCUGGACUGGCCAAAUAGUUGGGAACAAAGGGCAGGUCUGACUCCUUCAUCUGGGGGAGGUUGUCACCAUCAUCAUCCUCUUCCACUGAAAAAGAGGAAAACACAGAACCUAGACAUAGUCCAAAAAUGGGCAAGAAACGAGUGUCCUGUGAAACCUAGUGUGCUUUGGUAUAUGACAGAAUUCCAUGGUCAGUGUUCUGUGCCUCUUCAAG